AUGGCCCUCUGGUGCUGCUGCCUCCUCUGCCUCCUGAUCAAGAGCCUCUCUGGGACCUCCUCCAACUCCCCAGAUGAAUCAAGGAACCCUUGGGCCACAGCCCCACUGGCCCCUGGAGAGCUGGCAGAGACUGCGGAUGGGGUGUGCAAGUUCCCAGGGCAGCAGCUGAGCUGGUGGCAGGCCCAGGACUCCUGCGAGCAGCAAUUUGGCCAUCUGGCACUGGGGCUCCCAGAUGGGAUCCUUGCUGCACGGCUGCGGGACCCGGUCUGGGUAGGCCAAAGAGAGGCCUCUCAGAGGAGACCCCCCCAGAGGCGCGCGCGCACCGCCGCCGUCCUGGUGUUCGGCGAGAGGAGCGCAGACAGGGCGGCGCGGCUGCGGUCGCCGCUGCCCGCGCUGGGGGCGCUGACGGCCUGCGCGCACGUGCAGUGGGACGCCGCCUCGCCCGCCGCGGCCGCGCUCUUCUCCCUGGCCGCGCCCGCCCUGGCCAACGCGCUGCAGCUGCGCGCCUUCGCCGAGCCGGGGGGCGCCGUGCGCGCCGCGCUGGUGGUGCGCGGCCACCACGCGCCCUUCCUGGCCGCCUUCCGCGCCGACGGCCGCUGGCACCACGUGUGCGCCACGUGGGAGCAGCGCGGCGGGCGCUGGGCGCUGUUCGCCGACGGGCGGCGGCGCGCCGGGGCGCGGGGGCUGGGCGCGGGCCACCCGGUGCCUCCCGGGGGCAUCCUGGUGCUGGGCCAGGACCAGGACUCGCUGGGCGGCGGCUUCUCGGCGCGUGACGCCUUCAGCGGCAACCUCACCGACUUCCACCUGUGGGCCCGGGCGCUGAGUCCCGCGCAGCUGCACCGGGCUCGGGCCUGCGCGCCGCCCCCCGGCGGCCUGCUCUUCCGCUGGGACCCGGGCGCCCUGGACGUCACGCCCUCGCUGCUGCCCGCCGCGCGGGUGCGCCUUCCCUGUCCGGUUCCCUCAGAGGAGUGCCCCACAUGGAACCCAGAAUCCCGCACCGAGGGCUCCGAGCUCUGCCUGCAGCCGCGGCCUUUCCUCUGCUGCUACCGCGCCGAGACCUAUCGGCGGCUGCAGGAAGCCCAGUCGUGGCCCGGCCAGGACGUGAUCAGCCAAGUCAAUGCCUUGGCCAAUGCCAUUGUGCUCCUCCCGGACCCCCUCUCCGAAGUCCAUGGCACCCUGUCCCUGGCUGAGGCCUCCAGCUUCCUGGGCAUCCUGGAGAGAGUCCUGGCAAAGCAAGCAGCUCCACUGGGGCCGGGUGCACUGCUGGCUGUCCUGCACUUCCUGAAGAGGGUGACGGCCCUUGGAGCUGGGGAGCCAGAGCCCUUAACAGGGCCCUGGGAGCAGCUGGGCCAGGGCGUCAUGUCUGUGGCCAGCUUGGUCCUGGAGGAGCAGCUGGCUGGUGCAUGGCUGUCGGUCAGUGAGGUGGUAGGGGGGCCCAUGGCGCUGGUGGCGAGCGUGCAGCGCCUGGCACCCCAGCUGAGCACCAUGCUGACCUCCGAGAGGCCGCGAAUGCACAUCCAGCACCGCCAUGCCGGCCUGGAGGUGCGCAGCCUACGCCUGAGGGAGGCCAGCACGGGGGGCUAUGUAUUCACGAUGCCCGGUGGGCAUCCAGAGGGGCCUGGCCACACCCACAUCCCUGCAGGAGCAGUGAGACGGCUCCUCAGGAAAGGCCUCUCUGGAGUCACUGUGAUCCACAGCUGGUUCACCUCGAGUGUCUUCCAGCACAUCCUGGGGGGACCUGGCCUAGAGCCCCAGGCCCCUGAGAACUCAAAGGAGUCCAGCAGGAUGCAGAGGUUCCUAAGCACCCAGGUAGGGUCAGCCAUCAUCUCCUCCGAGGUGUGGGACAUCACCGGGGAAGUCAGUACAGCUGUGACCUUUCACCUGCAACACCAGACCCAGGUACUGGACCCCCUUCUCUUCUCUCCCCGUCCCUGAAGCCCAGAUACAGGGGGUUCCUGGGCCACCACCGGCUGCUCUGUGGUCGCCCUGUACCAGGACUCCACUGCCUGUUUCUGCAACCACAGCACCAACUUUGCCAUCCUGUUGCAGGUGUAUGACAUCCAGAGAGGCCCCGAGGAGGAGUCGCUGCUGAGGACUCUCUCGUUUGUGGGUUGUGGCGUGUCCUUCUGUGCCCUCGCCACCACCUUCUUGCUCUUCCUGGCAGCGGGGGUCCCCAAGUCAGAGCGUACCAUGGUCCACAAGAACCUCACCUUUGCCCUGGCCUCUGCCGAGGGCUUCCUCAUGGCCAGCGAGUGGGCAAAGGCCAACAAGGUGGCAUGUGUGGCUGUCACAGCUGUGAUGCACUUCCUCUUUUUGGUCGCAUUCUCUUGGAUGCUGGUGGAGGGACUACUGCUAUGGAGCAAGGUGGUGGCCGUGAGCAUGCGCCCCGGCCCGAGGAUGAGGCUCUACUACGCCACAGGCUGGGGUGCACCUGUGGUCAUCGUGGCCAUCACCCUAGCCAUAUGCCCCCACGACUACGUGGCCACCGGACACUGCUGGCUCAAUGUGCACACAGACGCCAUCUGGGCCUUUGUGGGACCUGUGCUCUUUGUGCUGACUGCCAACACCUGCAUCCUCAUCCGCGUGGUGAUGGUCACUGUGUCCAGCGCCUGCCGCCGGGCCCGCAUGCUCAGCCCGCAGCCCUGCCUGCAGCAGCAGAUCAGGACACAGAUAUGGGCCACAGUGAAGCCGGUGCUGGUCCUGCUGCCUGUCCUGGGCCUGACCUGGCUGGUCGGCAUCCUGGUGCACCUCAGCCCAGCCUGGGCCUAUGCCGCCGUGGGCCUCAAUUCCUUCCAGGGGCCGUAUAUCUUCCUGGUCUACGCUGCCUACAACGGGGAAGUGCGGAGCGCCCUGCAGAGGAUGACUGAGAAGAAGGCAGCUGCAGGACCCGUGGCCCCAGAAUCCCCACAGCCUUCUCCUCCAUUGCAGAAACCGAGAGACCGGUGA